UUCGGUAUUUACCUAAAACAGAGAUGGCACUAGUUUUGCUAAAUCAGCUGAUAGAUUGGUGUUUACGGUUCUCGGAUAACUUCACACCGCUGACAAUAUUCUACAAGCCAGCCAACCAAAACUUACGAAACGCCACCUCCACCAGUAGAAUUUUAUACUCGCUUGUGCGAGUGUUUUGAGUCGAUUCGUUCUAAAUAUUUUGUUGACAAAUUAUAUUGACAAGUGAACCUUGAUUUGUUUAUUCUUCUUUAUUACCUGUGUUUGUGAAAAUCGGAUUGAAGAAUUAUUAAUACAGUGCAUUUACAGAUUUUGUGUGACGUUCCUUGCCUUUCUCUCACAAAGGAAACACUGGAGUCCUCAUCAUUGUUCUGUGCUCAUUUCACCAGGAGUCCAUUUACAGCAUAUAACGUUUUGCAAUGACAGCCUGAACCUGAAAUACAAGUCGUUGUCGUAAAGGUGGAGCAGUUGAUCACAGUCGGUAAUGGGCACGCGGUGAGCCCCGCGGGACACCAGCAUGACGGACGAGCGAGCACAGAGCGCGGGCGGCGCCAACGCCGCGCCGCAGCACAGGAAGGGCCACAGGAGGCAAGAGUCAAUGUACGCAAUGACGGGACUCUACGCGGAGUCAGGUGGUGCGGAGGCCGAGGACGCCGGGCCCGGGACGAGCGCGGCGCACCCCCUGCCCCCCGCGCACCCGCCGCGGGACCCCGUCAAGUGCCACAGCCGGAACCCCUCGGCCGGCAUAUGCGACAGAGAACGCGAGAGAGAAAGAGAGAAGCCUCACCAGUUAUUCCCAGAGAUAUUGGACAUUCCUCAUGAUGCGCGCGACUGCGGUAUCUUGUCAUGGAGACCGCUAUUCAUUCAGAGAUUUUCUAGUAUUAAAGUAUUUGUAUUUUUCCUCUCGAUCCUCGUGACGCUACAACAAGCCCUAAGCUCCGGCUACAUAAACUCCGUGAUCACGACGAUCGAGAAACGGUUCGAGAUCCCGUCGAGCCUCUCGGGGCUCAUCGCGAGCAGCUACGAGAUCGGCAACGUUAUUACCGUAAUCUUCGUGUCGUAUCUCGGCAGUCGGCGGCACAUUCCUGUUUGGAUCGCAGUCGGUGCGGUAAUAAUGGGCAUCGGUUCAUUAGUAUUCGUGGUGCCUCACUUCAUAGCAGAAAUUAAUAGCGAAAUGACAGUAAACAAUAAAUCAGCCGAUAAUAUUUGUUACCGGCCACCGGAGAAGAAUAUUCUAGCCCAAGGCCUGUCUCCUAAUAACUUGAGGCCAGAAAAUUGUAUUAAGAGUUCACCGAGCACAUUCCUGCCGGUGAUGGUGUUCGUGGUGGCGCAGCUGCUGCUGGGGUGCGGCGGGUCGCCGCUGCUCACGCUCGGCACCACCUACGUCGACGACCACGUGCGACCAGAGUCAUCCAGCAUGUAUAUAGGGUGCAUGUACAGUAUGGCUGCCUUCGGACCCGUGUUGGGAUUUCUGCUCGGCGCCUAUCUGCUCUCCUUUCACAUGGAUUCAUUUUCGGGACAAAUUAUAGAAAUAGAUCAAUACGACCACCGCUGGGUCGGCAUGUGGUGGGGCGGCUUCCUGCUCUGCGGCUUCCUGCUGAUACUGGUCGCCGUCCCUUUCUUCUCGUUCCCCAAGGUGCUGGUGCGAGAGAAAGAGAAGAUCAGACUAGUGGAGAAAGCGGCCGCGGCUAGCGGCUCGGGGACCGCUAAGCCUCCGGUGAAACCGCCAUCCGAUAUAAAGGACACGGGCUAUGGCAAGGAUAUAAAAGAUAUCCCGGUAUCUAUGUGGAGACUGCUCAAGAACCCAGUGUACGUUGUGACGUGCCUCGGCGCUUGCAUGGAGCUUAUGAUCGUGUCCGGGUUCGUCGUGUUCCUGCCGAAAUACUUGGAGACGCAGUUCAGUCUCGGCAAGAGUCAGGCCAGUGUUUUCACGGGAUCCAUUGCCAUCCCCGGAGCAUGCAUCGGUAUCUUCAUGGGCGGCUGCCUGCUGAAGCGGCUCGAACUGCGGCCCAAGGGCGCCGUUCAGUUCGUACUGAUCUCCAACACCAUCUGCCUCUCUUGCUACGCGCUGCUGUUCUUCCUCGGCUGCGAUAACAUCCAGAUGGCCGGGACUACUAUUCCGUAUACGAAUGCCAGUAACCUGGAGCCGUUCAAGGUGAACCUGACGGCGGCGUGCAACUUCAACUGCCUGUGCACGGAGACCGACAUGGAGCCGGUGUGCGGCAACAACGGGCUCACGUACUUCUCGCCUUGCCACGCGGGCUGCUCGGACUCCUUCUCCUCGCGGUCCAACUUCGCCAACUGUGCCUGCGUGGCGGGCAACGCGCCCGGCAUGGCGGGCGUGCUGAGCGGCGCGUCGGCGGCCGCGCUCACGGCGGCGGGCGCGCGCGAGUACAGCGAGGUGACCGUGGUGCCCGUGGCCACCGCCGGCGCCUGCAACCCGCCCUGCAACACCAUCUUCCCCUUCCUCGUGCUGCUCUUCUUCAUGACCUUCGUCGUGGCCGUCACGCAGAUGCCGCUGCUCAUGAUCGUGCUCCGGUCUGUGAGUGAAGAGGAGCGUUCGUUCGCGCUCGGCAUGCAGUUCGUGAUCUUCCGGCUGUUCGGCUACAUCCCCGCGCCUAUCGUGUUCGGGAACCUCAUCGACUCCACCUGCAUCCUGUGGAACAAGUCCUGCAGCGGCGAGACGGGCGGCCGCUGCUUGCUCUACGAUAUAGAACAGUUUCGUUUCAGAUACGUGGGUCUCUGCGGCGGCAUCAAGAUCGUGGCCCUGGGCAUCUUCCUGGCGGACUGGUGGCUGGUGCGCCGGCGCCGCCACCUCGAGCAUGCGCCGCCCGUCGACGCGCGCGACCUGGCCGGCUCCAUCAUCAGCCUCGACAAACUAUUCGAAGAGUUGCCGUCGGCGGACAACGCGAGCGGGUUCCGGUCGGGCCUGACGUCGGGGCUGAGCUCGGCGGCCACGUCGCCGCUCGAGGCCGACGCCGACCCGAGACCCUCCAUCCAGCGCACCGACUCGCAGUACUCGCAGGAAUCGCAAACAGCUCGCAAGAGCUCCCGCGUGCUGGUGGCCUCGCGGCACCUCCGCAACGACUCCAAGACCAUCCAGCUGGAGAACACCAACUACAAGUCGCACUCGCGCUCCGGCUCGCGCGACCUCAGCCUCGACCAGCUCAAGCAGCUCGCGCUCAAGAGCGUCGAGAACCUAGACCUCAGCGUGCUGCCGCUGGCGCCACAUUUGUGUGGCGACGAGGAGAGCAAGCGGUUGCUGGAGGCGGGCGCGCUGCGGCACCGACGCACCGGGUCCCGCGACCUGCGGCCGCCGGGCGGAGUGGGAGGGGGAGGGCGGCACAAGCGCACGUCGUCGCACCACAUCACGCUGGAGCCGCACGAGCUCAGCCUGCAGCUGCAGAAGGGCCGCAGCGUCGACCAGCUCGCUCCGUCCCUGCCCCGCCCGCCGCACGACCCCUGCGUCUGAGAGGGACAUAUUUAUCCACCGAAAACUCAUUUCGCCUGACGUGCCCGCAGAUCUGAAAGCUGUUUUCUGUCGUAGAUAUUAUAUUUAAAAAAAAACUAUAUUUACUUCUAGCGGUAGUUGUUCCCUUCAGCAGAAAAUGUCUUUCGACGGAUGUGAGCGCGUUAGACGAAGUGAAAUUUUCUGUGGUCCCGCUUCCGAGCGUAUAGUGAUAUUUAGUGAAAUUUGGGCUCCGCUCGAGCUCGUAUCCUGUCGAAUAGUAGCGAUAGUACUGAAUGAGUGAUUUGGAUCAUAUCUAUGUAGUUACGACGCUUUAAAGAGAUCUAUCUCUAGUCUGUAGAAAACCCCCAUAAAACUAUUAUGAACUCGAUCGAUCUGGAGCCGCUGCGAAUGAAAUUUAAAGAGGAUAUACCGCAGUUUUAUUGUACACAUUCUCAACUCUUAACAAAUGGUAGCCUUUUAAUGUAAACUCAUUAAGUGUUACGGUAGGCGUCGAUAUCAUAUAGGUUAAUAAAUAAAACCCCUAUAAGAAUGGUAAAUUUGGACUGCGAUAUAAACUUUCCCCAUGUGCUUGUGUUAGAUAUAAAUACUCAGUAUAUUUACACUCGGGUUUUCACCGUAGCUAUUCUUAUAAAGCCAUGGAUUCAGUAGCUUGAAAACAAAUGUUGAGCGAUAUCUCGCGUCAUGACACCAUAUGCAAGGCAAAAUUAUGCCAAGACGCUGUUUUUUUUUUGAUGUCGCCGACAUUUGUCCCCUAAUGAAUCCUUGGCUUAAUAGUUUUAAUUAACGACCUUGUUCAUAGAUUAUUGUUGAUAAAAAUAAGAAGUACUUCAGACGUAUUCUUGUCAAUGAGCUGCGUAACAGAUACAAGUGCAUUCACUUUAAAAUCUUACACAUUAAGAAUACUUUAUUGAAUUGAUAUGUUAAAUUGUAAAUAUUAUUUUAUGCGUUAAUGCAAUGCACUAUUUACAGACCAUUUAGAUAUAUUUUGUACUUAAUUUAAUCAACAUAUUACUUUUCUAAAAUAUGAGAAGACUAAAAUUAAAUAAUAUGGCACUUGAUAGAUGGCUUAGUGCUCAAUCAUAUUAAUUACGUUUUUAUUCCUAAUUAUUUUAUAACUUUACUUUUGCACAACAAACAUUUGUUUGCAACUUUUAUUAAAUAAUUAUUGCAAUUAGCAUGAUUGUGCUUUAGACCAUCUAAUUUCUGUUGUGACAUGCCCACGCAAAACUGCCAUUUUGUUGAUUUUUUAAAUCAAAAUAUUACAUACAAAUCACAAAGUGCCACAUGACUGAAAGUUCAAGUUCUCUUUUGAUUGCUGGCAUACAGCUUUUGUACAAAUAAAAUCUAUCCUGCCUUCUUCUAUAAUUGAGACUUCUGCUUGCACAAAUAAUAAACACUACCUUUCUUUUAAAAUUGUAAAGCACAAUAUUUUACUAAACUGACAUAAUUACAUUCCCUAAAUUCCCUUAAAUGUGUAAAAAAACCCUUUUCAACAUUUUCAUUGAGAUAGGCACCAAUCACAAGCUAUAUAAUAAAGGUAUGUAAAAAGAUAUGUAUAUGUCAAUUUUAUAUUUAUUUAUUAUGAUCUCAAGAUGGUGAUGACUGCUGGUUAUAAUUUUGGUUUUAUAACUUGAUGUACAUUUGUUUAUUUUUUUAAUAUUUAAGUUGUAAAUAUUAUUUUUAUAUUUAGAUAAUGUUAUUUUAAUGUUUUAAAGUAGUUUUUUCAUGGCUCACUUCCUGUAAAUUUUAUAUGAUAACAAAUCUUAUUUAGACUUGAAAUAUAAUUAUGUUCUACAAAAUUUCUUUUGUGAGUUAAAAAAAUGUCAAUUCUUGGGCUGAUGUGUUGUAAUAAGUAAUCAAUUAUUAUGGUAGAGUAUUAUUUUAUUAUGGAACAAGUAUUUUAAAGCAAUAUAUAUUUAUGGCAGAAAAGACAAAGGAAAUUAGUAAGUCAUCCAUGUAAUAUAUUUGUUAAAAGAGAUAAAUAGUUUGAUAUGAAAGAGAGUGUUUUAUCUAAAAAUGCCUUAUUACAAUAGAUGUUAAGACUUGAUACUGACUUAGUUGUAUUUGUAAAGUUGUUAUCUGAAUCUUGGAAGGAAAUGGUUGAAGAUAGCAACUCCAAAACUAAUUUGUUGCAUUUAGUGAAUAAUAAAAUUGCAUACUUAUUUUAA